AUUAUUCAACCCGAAUACAGUGCUAAGAAUAUAUAGUCAUACAGUGACAGAAUAAACCAAGAUAACAGAUUUUGUAUACAGUCAUGACAGAUGAUAAAAGUCAACACAAUGCAAGCAUUUGGCACGAUAUAAAAAAGUUAGAAAUUUUCCAAAUGUUUGAUAUUUUUCCCUUUGACAAUGCAGGAAAACAUUUUCGUAUUGGUGUAUUGGAAAGUAAAAGGGUUGUAGUUGUUAUGUGUGGAUUGGGAAUGCUAAAUGCAGGCAUUUCAACCCAGUUGUUGCUUACUUUAUUUGAUGUGAAAGGAGUUCUUCAUUAUGGAAUUGCAGGAAAUGCUAAUCCUAAACUCCAGAUUGGAGAUGUCACUAUUCCACAAUAUUGGGCACACACAGGACUUUGGCAUUGGCAGAGGUUAGGGGAAGAAAAUGGAGAUUUCAACACAAAAUUUGGUUAUCUUGAGUUUGCCGAAUACAGUAACAGCACAAAAGAUUUGAACACUGAUACAAAUCUUUUGAACAAAGUGUGGUAUCAACCAGAAGAAAUUUUUCCUGUGAAUGGAAUUCCAGAAGCUAGACACCACAUUUUCUGGACUAGAGUUGACAAGACUUACUUUAAAAUUGCAGGAAAACUGAAGGUA